AUGGGAAAGCAAAUGUCAAAUCAAAGGUCCGAAGCAAAAAAUAACGAGGAUGUCGUAUGUAAUCACGCUCAGACGAACAAAUUAACGAAAACAAGUCAGGUAUUAUUAUCAACAGCAAUGGUUAAGGUAAAAGGCAGUGAUGGACAAACUAUCAUCGGUAAAGCACUAUUAGACAAUGGAUCCCAGUCUAAUUUUGUCACAGAAGAAUUCGCUAAAAAAUUAAGUCUAAAGUUUACAAAUAAUCAAAUAGAAAUUAAAGGAAUUAGUCAGCAUGUAACUCACGCUAUGAACUCGGUUAACUUAAGCAUGACUUCACGCUUCGAUACAUUUGAAAUGGAUAUACUAUGCAUAGUAUUACCUAAAAUUACGCAAAGCGUGCCGACGUUUGAAUUCAUCAAAGCUGAUUGCAACAUUCCGAAGAAUAUUAAGUUAGCUGACCCGAAUUUUAAUUUAGCAGGUAAAAUAGAUUUACUGCUCGGGGCAGAAAGAUUUUGGGAAGUAAUUUGCGUAGGCCAAAUAAAGCUAGGAAAGAAUCAGCCGGUAUUACAGAAAUCAGUGUUAGGAGGGCUCGUAUCAGGUACUAUCAGUAUAUUUUUAAGUAAGCAAAAACAAACGAGUUGUAAUCUGAGCUUAGCUGAGGAUUUGAAUAAUACAGUGCAUAAGUUUUGGGAAAUAGAACAGUAUGAAAAUUCGAAUUUUGUGACUCCUGAGGAUGAGUACUGCGAAACACAUUUUAAAAAUAAUUAUAGUCGUCAGUCAGAUGGCAAGUUUGUCGUUAAGUUACCUGUAAAAGAGGAAGUGUAG